AUGAAUAAUCAUUCUCACCACGAACCGUCGCGUCAGCGACCACCUCAUCAAGAAUCGAAAAUGUUAACCAAAUCAGAAAAUCAAGAUUUACAUAAUAUACUUGGGCAAAAUCGAGUGACAUUAGCAACAGCUGUAGUUCAAAUUCUAUUACCAGAACAACCCCAUCAAACUCGGUGGCUUAAGCAUGCAUGUGGUGUAUUUUGUUUUGUGAAAGAUUAUGAUCAACGAACGUAUUGUUUUCGAUUAUAUGAUUUGAAACAAAGACGUCAUAUUUAUGAAGAAAUUGUAGCUGCUUCACUUCAUUUAGAGAAAAAACUACCGUUCUUUUUUUGGUUUGAUGGAUCGAAUUCAAAAGUUGGUAUUAAUUUUGCAAAUGAAGACGAAGCUGGAUUAUUUUUUCAACAUUUUCAAUCAAAACAGCAAGAUCGACAGAAAAAGAAAAAACACCCUGCUCCUACUAAAUCACCGCCACCAUCUCAAAUCCAUCAACAACAGCAUCCAUACAUUGCACCACAACCAUCACCAUUCCCCACACCGUCCACAAAUAUUAUAACUGGACCAAAAGUUUCAAAUAAUCAGCCAUCUAUAAACGCUACAUUAUCUAAAAAACAACAGUCAACAAAAUCAUUUUUUAGUACACUAAGUCGAAGAAAUAAAUACGUUAGACCAGAUAUAUCGGAGCCGGUCAUGUCUUCUUUUGCACACGUCGGACACGUUGGUAUUAAUGCAAACGACUCGUUUUUUCACAAUGAAGAACAAGCUCAACUAUUUGAAACAUUUAUACAUGGCAUCGAGAAAUCUAUGCCCGGCAUCACAGCCGAAGAGAAAAAAGCAAUUAAAGAAUAUAUUGAUGCCAAGGGGGGAAUAGAACAGCUUACAAAGCUCCAACCGUCAAUACGUGAUUUAAAUACUCAAUCAAAUACAACUGGACGUCAACCGAAUCGUCAAAAUCAGCAAUCCGGUGCUCCUGAUAUUCCACCAAGAAUCCAAACUGUUCGUAAUGAAUCAUCUUCAUCAGCUGAUGCUAGACACGCACGGUUGCCAUUAUCUGAUAUGUUCAAUCCUCCACAACAAGCAGCUCCAGACAUACCACCGAGGCCUGGACGCCAACCAGUAGCAACAAGUGCAUCGCCACAAAAGCAUCAUAUUGCGCCAAAUAUACCACCGCCGCCACCACCUCCUCCACCACCACCUUUCUUUCACACAAAUGUGGGAACAACACAGUCGAACCAUGACGUUUCGUCAUCAAUGAAUAAUGGCGCAAGCUUUGAUAAAAAAAAAUUACAAAGAGCAGCAGAACAGCAAGCAGCUCAAGCAGCUGCAUCAUCUACUGAUAAACGAUCGAAUUUGCAUCCAACAUCAACAGCUUCUUCCGUUGAUGCCGGAGGUCCGGAUGCGUUAACAAAUGGCAUUUUGCAACUACUUGCCGAAAGAAGAAAACAAAUAAUGCCAGCCGAGGAAGAUGAAGCUGAAAGUGAAGAUGAAGAUUGGACAUAA